AUGAGGUCGCAAUCUUCCAAUAGUAUAUUUUGCUACAUCAGUAGUGAGCUGCUGGCAGGCACACCCGAAGAGGAACACGCCAACAACCUGAUAGGCUUCCCACACCCAUGGGGGAAUUUCUCGGCCGAGCACCCUACGGGAAUACGUGCUGACGUGAUCUCGGAGUCGAAUCCAUUCUGUGAGACACAUCUGUGGAAGAAUGACAAAGAAAAUGAAUAA